GUGGCAAGAAACUCAAAUAAAAAAAUAUACCAGCGUUUGAUUUGCGAUAAAUCCCAGAUUAUUUUAUAAUUCUACUGUUAUUUGUUUACCUGAACUGGAUUAAUUGAUAAAAAAACCUAAGAUAACAUACUUAUUUACACCUUAGGAGUUGUUGACCUUUUCAUAAAUCCAAUAUUUGCCGCAGUGAAAAUUCAAAUUUGCAAUUAAAAGAUGCCGGUGCCAGUACAAAAAUUGCCCAAAAAUUCCCGAAUCGAUGGAGUAAAAAGGGAAUUUAUUGAAAAAUUCGAAACACAUCCUGAGUUUUUCGUCAGGUUGCCUGGAAGAGUAAAUCUUAUAGGAGAACACAUAGACUACUGUGGAUAUGGGGUGUGCCCCAUGGCCUUGGAUCAGGAUAUUUUCCUGGCUGUUGCUUCCCAGGAACCGGAAAAGUUAAUUCUGCACAACACCGACACCAAAUUUGAAAAGUUUGAGUGUGAUUUUGAAAAUAUCAGUAUCUCGUUAGAUCCGUCAGGACCAAAAUGGCACCAAUACUUCAUGUGUGGCGUCAAAGGCAUAAUGGACAUCUUGGAUCAAUCCCAAAAAAACCAAAUUAAAGGGCUGCUAGUGCUGGUGCAUGGCACUGUGCCCCAAAGCGCCGGGCUAUCCAGCAGUAGUGCGCUAGUAAGCGCUGCUGCUUUGGCCACAGCCCACGCAUUUGGUCUGUCAUUAACCAAAGAAAAAUUAGCAGACUUAUGCGCCUCUUGUGAAAGAUACAUCGGAACACAAGGGGGCGGAAUGGAUCAAGCUAUAGCUUUCCUAGCCAAAGAGGGUUGUGCCAAAUUAAUAGAAUUUGAGCCUUUAAGAUCGACAGAAGUGAAACUGCCUCAGGGAGCAGUUUUCGUCGUAGCCCACAGUUUAAGCAAAAUGAAUAAAGCUGCAACAGCCGAUUUUAAUUGUCGGGUUGUCGAAUGUAGACUGGCUGCACAGAUCCUUUCAAAAAAGCUGGGUUUAGACUGGACGAAAAUAAAACGUCUUGGGGAUUUGCAGUCAAAAUUAAACUUAGACCUGGAUGAAAUGAUCGCCCUGGCAAAACAGCAUUUGAAAGAAACAACAUAUAGCAAAGAUGAAAUCAUUAGGGCACUGGAGACUAAUGCCGUUGAACUGGAGAGCAUUUCACUUACGCCGAAUACUAAGGAUAUUCAAAACUUUAAGUUAUUCCCUAGGGCUUAUCACGUUUUUAAUGAAGCGAAAAGGGUAGCAGAGUUCUAUAAAACUUGUCAAAAUCAUGGUGGUGGUGAAAGUGCUUUGGUAACUCUUGGGAGUUUAAUGAGACAAAGUCAUGAAAGUUUAAGGGAUUUAUACGAAUGUAGCCAUGAACAGUUGGACAAGAUUGUAGAGUUAUCAAAGGAUUUUACAUUGGGAACUCGAUUGACUGGAGCAGGUUGGGGUGGUUGUACAGUUUCUCUAGUAGCUCCAGACAAAGUUGAAGAUUUCCUGGAACAUAUGAGAGAAAACUUUUAUAAGCCUAUGGGAGUUAGUGAUAAUUUCGAUAUGGUUCUUUUUAAGACCGCCCCACAGGGCGGAGCCUGCAUUUUUAUCGAAAAAGAGUUGUAAUGUGUUGUUCAUUCAGUAUUAAUCAAGCAAUAUUCUUUAUUUCUUUUAUAAAUAGUAAUAAACAGAACAUACUUUUAAUGUGACACAAUCUAUUAAGUAAAUUACAAAUAUAUUCCUUGAAUGAUUUCA